AGAAACUGUUUUGGAGCGACACUGGAAGGAAACGCAGGUAACGUUUGAUUUGUUGACUAGUUAAACUAUUGAGUUCACUGAUUUAAAACACCAUGAAGACAACGUAAAUUAUGUGUAACAUGUGAAACAUAAUAUAAAUAAUAUAACUUUUAAGUGGAAUAUGAGACAUUUCAGACGUUAAUUCGGCUGCAUCAAAACAUCACUUCUAUAAAAUAAUAACUUCAUAAAAGAAUGGCCUCUCCUGCCACAUUCAUCGACGAGGACGCGUUCAAGACCCCUAAAAACGCCCGAGUGAAGAGCUUCGCAAGCAGCGUUGGGAGCCCAAUCACCAUCCCGGCCUCACCUUUCAUGAAGAAGUUGGGCUGUGGGACUGGAGUCAAUGUUUACCUCAUGAACAGAAUGGGAAAGCUGAAUGCGUCUCCCUGGGCUGUCAAGAAGAUCAACACCAAGUGUGCAACCAAACAGAUGGCGGUUUACCAGAAGCGCCUGAACGAGGAGGCGGAGGUCCUGAAGGGCAUCAAUCAUCCAAACAUUGUUGGGUUUCGUGCCUUCACCGUGGCCAAAGAUGGAUCAAAGUGUCUGGCGAUGGAGUACGGAGGAGAGCAGUCCCUGAAUGACCUGAUCGAGAAGAGGAAAGAGGACGGCCUGAAAGCUUUCCCUGCUGCCAACAUAGAAAAAGUAGCGCUGCAUGUUGCUCGUGGCCUUCAGUAUCUCCACAACGAGAAGAAGCUGCUGCACGGCGACAUAAAGUCUUGUAAUGUUGUCAUCAAGGGCGACUUUGAGACCGUCAAGAUCUGUGACGUCGGCGUGUCUCUGCAGCUGAAUGAGAACAUGAGAGUGUCAGACCCAAAGGCAGAGUACAUUGGCACGGAGCCGUGGAAACCCAAGGAAGCUCUGGAUGAGGGAGGAGAGAUCACUGACAAGGCUGACAUCUUUGCCUACGGUCUGACUCUGUGGGAGAUGAUGACCCUGGCCAUGCCUCAUCUGGAGAUGUUGGAGCAUGAUGAUGAUGAUGAUGAUGAUGAUGAAGAGGAGGAGGUUGAAGAGGACUCGAUGGAGGAGAGCUUUGACGAGGAGGCCUACUACGAGAGGCUGGGCACACGGCCGGUGCUGGAUUUCGAGGCUCUGGGCAGCUCGUACCGGAGGACGGUGGAGCUGUUCUAUCUCUGCACCAACGAGGACCCCAAGAUCAGACCCUCGGCCGCCCAGAUCGUCCAGGCUUUGGAGAGCAAUGCCCCGCUGGAUAAAACGCCCAGUGAGGUGAUAGUUAUCGACUGAUUCUCAUAAAUAAUUCAGCAUUUCAAUCUUUUUGUCAGGGAUUUAUAUAUUUUUUUUAAUUGCAUACAUGGCCAAACUGACAGGCUGUGCUCAUAGUCAGUAGUUUGUUCAGGGAGGGUAGUAUUCAUUUAGAAACUCAAGGAAAUGCUUUGACGUGAAGGUCAUCUCUACAUCUUUAUGCCGUCAAUCUCUAUCACAUUUCCUUUUAUUUGUAUGGUGUCUUUGCUAUAAAAUUUUUUCCAUGUAUGUCAAUAGUAUGUAAAUGUUUUUAUUUUCUUUAUCGUAUAUAUUUGUUUCUGCACUUCUGUAAACUUUGAUAUUCCUUGAUAAAACCUUUGAGCUCUACAUCAUUAA